AUGGGUCUCCAAACUGAUAUAUUUCCUUCUCAUGGCUUCAAGCAGCAGCAUAGCUACUAUGACGAUAACGACUACUACUCCUCGGAGGAUAAUUAUUACAGCAACAAUGGCUCAAGCAUGCAAAUGAAGAAGCCUUAUGGUUAUCCCACCACUACUCCAACCCAAAAUCAUCACAUGAUGAUGAGCCAUGCCGGCUAUAGCCACGAUGGGAACAUGUCUCAUGAUUCUGCUAACAUUUCCAGCUAUGGAUCAAGUGGAAUGCAACACUCUUCCAACAUUAACGGUGGCUAUGGAUCAAGUGGAAUGCAACACUCUUCCAACCCGAACGGUGGCUAUGGAUCAAGUGGAAUGCAACACGCUUCCCACGCCAAUGCUGGCUAUGGAAGUGGAAUGUAUGGAAGUGCAAUGCAACAAUCUUCCCACAUGAACGGUGGCUAUGGAAGCGGAAUGCAGCAUGCUUCCCACAUGAGUGGUGGCUAUGGAAGCGGAAUGCAACAUUCAUCCCACAUGAAUGGUGGCUACGGCAGUGGAAUGCAACACUCUUCGCAGAUGAAUGGUGCUUAUGGGGGUGGGAUGCACCACUCUUCACACAUGAAUGGUGGUUAUGGAGGUGGGAUGCAUGAAUCUUCCCACACACAUAUGUCCAGGGGUGUAGAGAACGAUUCCGAUAGGAAGCCUGGUUACUAUGAACAGCAUAACAAUAAUACUGAUCAUAUGUGGAACAUGAAGAGUUUGAAUGACUAA